AUGGCAGAAACGGCGGUGAACCUUCUGAUCGACAAGUUGAUAGCUUUAACGAGAAAGGAAGCAGGGCUACUGAAAGGUGUGGAGAAGCAAAUUGAGCAGAUCAAAGAUGAGUUGGAACUGAUCAGAGCUUACAUAAAAGAUGCAGAUCACAAAGCAGAUAUAGCAGAGACGAGCAAUUACUUGGUGAAAGAGUGGGUGAGACAAAUGAGAGAAGUUGCAUAUCGUAUGCAAGAUGUGAUGGACGAAUACUUGUUUAAGGUGGAAAUGCGCCGGCAAGAACGGCGGCGGGGACUGGUGGGUGUAGCUCGUAGAAUCUGUCACUUGCUAAGGAGUAUAAUACCUCGUCAUGAGAUAGCAAGUGAGAUUAUGGACAUUAGAGAAUCCAUGGCGAAACUGAAUGAAAAAAGACAGUUUUUCGGGUUUUAUUCUUCACUUCCACAACCCAGCAAUCGUGUUGCAGAGAACUCCUCAUCAUCAAGGCGUUACCUCCGAUUGGCUGCUCGUUUCAUGGAUGAUUCUCAUCUUGUCGGCUUUGACCACACUAGGAAACUUCUCAGCCAUUGGCUAUCAGAUAAAGAUUCUAGGCGCACCGUAAUCUCUGUGGUGGGCGAAGGCGGACUAGGUAAAACAACUAUUGCGAGCAAUUUAUACGAGCAAAAGAGAGAGGAAAGAUGUUUUGAUUGUUAUGCUUGGAUCAGUGUCUCGGGCUCACUCAGUGGAGAAAAGCUGUUAAAAUCUAUGAUACAAAGCUUUUAUGAGUAUGAUGGUGGCAACGAAAAUGCUGCCCAGGCCAUUAAUGAAAUCAUGGACGGUUGUGCAUUGACAAGUAAACUUAGAGAAUACUUGCAGGAUAAAAGGUAUAUGAUUGUUUUGGAUGAUAUAAGAGACAAAGAAUUUUGGAAAAGUGUUGAAUUCGCGUUACCAGAUAACAACAAAAGCAGCCGGAUAAUGAUUUCUACAAGGGACGAGGGUGUUGCAGAUUUUUGUAGAAGUUAUGCUCCAGUCCACAUUCACAAGCUGGAUCCGCUACCUGAAGAAGAUGCUUUGAAGCUCUUCCAUCUAAAGGUCUUUCAGUUUGAUGAUUUAAAAGGGUGUCCUGAAAAUUUGUUAGAAAUAUCUCGAGACUUUGUCAACAAGUGUGAUAGAGUGCCACUUGCAAUUGUGGCUAUAGCUGGUCUCUUAUCAACUAAAAAGAAAGCUACUUAUGAAUGGGAGAGUGUUCUUAAAAGUCUUCGAUCAAAAUUGGCAAGUGAUCCCCAUUUGAAAGGUUAUUAUCAGGUUUUAUCAGAGAGUUAUAAGGAUCUCGAUUACCACCUCAAGUUAUGCCUCUUGUAUUUUGGCAUCUUCCCUGAAGGCUACUCCAUUAGCUGCUCGAGACUCGUUAAUUUGUGGAUAGCUGAGGGUUUUGUAAAGAAAAAUGAAAAUGAAGAUCACACAACACUUGAGGAAGCAGGUGAAGAAUACUUGAGCGAACUGAUACGAAGGAACUUGGUUAAGAUAUCGACAGAGUAUCCUUAUAGCAAGGUUCGAAGAUGUCGAGUCCAUGAUUUGAUGCAUGGCUUCAUUCUUAAAACUUGUGAGGAGAUCAACUUUUGUCAAGUGAAGAAUAGUGAGGUUUUUGGCUUGCAUCGAUGGACCAGGCGCCUGUCAAUCCAAAUGGACGCUAUGGAUGCUUUGGAAGCCACAACAAAUUAUGAAAGAGUGCGGUCCAAUUUUGUGUUUAAACAGUUACCUAAGCCUGUGAUUGAGUCAUUCCUGUCAGGUUUCAAGUUGUUAAUAAUAUUAGAUUUGGAGAAUGCACCCAUUGAUGAUCUUCCUAGAGCAGUUAGGAACUUAGUGCAUUUGAAAUAUCUGAGCCUUAGAGGUACAAAAAUCAAGUCCAUUCCCAAGUUCAUUGGGAAGCUUCAAAAUCUAGAGUCACUGGACUUGAAACACAGUCUAGUUGGUGAAUUGCCUGAAGAGAUUAACAAGCUUGUCAAGCUGCGUCGUCUACUAGCAUAUUAUUUUCCUCAGCAGAGCCAUACUAUUGCUAGUUUACAUGGAGUGAGUCUAAAGGAAGGGAUUGGGUGUUUAAAGGCUCUUGAGAAGCUGGCGAUGAUUGAUGUAACAGAUGGAGAUGCUUUAAUCUGUGAAUUGAAGAGUUUGAAGCUCAUGAGAAAUUUGUCCAUCAAAGGGCUUCAAACACGCCAAGGGCAGCUAUUAUGUGGCUCCAUAGAGAGCAUGAGCCAUCUCUGUGCACUAUGUAUUGUAGCAAUACAAGAACAUGAAGUUAUUGAUUUGGAAUCAAUAAAUGAUCCUCCUUUGAAUUUGCAGCGCCUCUACCUAAGCGUUCGCAUGGAGAAACUUCCAACAUGGAUUGUUAAACUCAAGAAUCUUGUGAGGUUAAGAUUGGAAUGGUCAGGACUAAAUGAAGAUCCUCUCUCAGUUCUGAAGGACUUGCCGGAAUUGUUGGAACUUCAGCUUUGGAAAUCGUUCGAAGGUGAAGAGCUUCAUUUCAAAGACGGAUGGUUUAGAAAGCUGAAGAGUUUGGAUGUGCUGGAGAUGCAAGACUUGAAGACUUUGAGAAUAGACAAAGCAGCGUUGCCCAUCCUUGAAACUCUGCAAUUGGUUAGCUGUCCCCAGUUGGCGGAGAUGCCCACAGGCAUUCAGAAUUUGGAGAACCUCAAACUGCUUUACCUCGUUGAUAUGUCUGAUCAAAUGAUAACUGAUCUCAAGUCGAAGGAAGAAAGAAGCUACGACAAAAUCAAGGAAAUAACCAUCGUGACUUCCUUUUCAAAGGGCUUUUAUCGUCGGAAACUUGAACAAAUUUGA